AAAGUCAGGCAAAGUGACAGCAUUAAAAUUGUUACCUUGAAGAAGCAGAGUGGAGAAGUGUGAAAAGAUGAAUGGACCGGUGGAUGGCUUGUGUGACCAUUCUCUAAAUGCAGAAGGAGCCUUCAUGUUCACAUCAGAGUCUGUAGGAGAGGGACACCCAGAUAAGAUCUGUGACCAGAUCAGUGACGCAGUGCUGGAUGCCCACCUCAAGCAGGACCCCAAUGCCAAGGUGGCCUGCGAGACGGUGUGUAAGACGGGCAUGGUGCUACUGUGUGGGGAGAUCAGCUCCGUGGCCAUGGUGGACUACCAGCAGGUGGUGAGGGACACCAUCAAGCACAUUGGCUAUGACGACUCUGCCAAGGGCUUUGACUUCAAGACCUGCAAUGUGCUGGUGGCUUUGGAGCAGCAGUCCCCGGAUAUUGCUCAGUGUGUCCAUCUAGACAGAAAUGAAGAGGACGUUGGUGCUGGAGACCAGGGUUUGAUGUUCGGCUACGCCACCGAUGAGACAGAAGAGUGCAUGCCCCUCACCAUCAUCCUCGCUCACAGACUCAACGCCCGGAUGGCGGAGCUCCGGCGCUCUGGGGUCCUCCCCUGGCUGAGGCCGGACUCUAAGACUCAGGUGACAGUUCAGUACGUACAGGACAACGGCGCCGUCAUCCCUGUGCGUGUCCACACCAUCGUCAUCUCUGUGCAGCAUGACGAGGGCAUCCUGCUGGAGGACAUGCGCAGGGCCCUGAAGGAGCAGGUGAUCAGGGCCGUGGUGCCUGCCAAGUACCUGGAUGAGGACACCGUUUACCACCUGCAGCCCAGCGGGCGGUUUGUCAUCGGAGGUCCCCAGGGGGAUGCUGGCGUCACUGGCCGUAAGAUUAUCGUGGACACCUAUGGCGGCUGGGGAGCGCAUGGUGGUGGGGCCUUCUCCGGGAAGGACUACACCAAGGUGGACCGCUCGGCGGCUUACGCUGCCCGCUGGGUGGCCAAGUCCCUGGUGAAAGCUGGGCUCUGCCGGAGAGUGCUCGUGCAGGUUUCCUAUGCCAUUAGUGUGGCUGAGCCACUGUCUAUUUCCAUCUUCACCUAUGGAACCUCUGAGAAGACAGAGAGGGAGCUGCUGGAUGUGGUGAAUAACAACUUUGACCUUCGGCCUGGUGUCAUUGUCAGGGAGUUGGAUCUGAAGAGGCCCAUCUACCAGAGGACAGCCUGCUACGGCCAUUUCGGAAGGAGCGAGUUCCUGUGGGAAGUUCCCAAGAAGCUUGUGUUUUAGAGCUGGUGGAGCUGGCCCUGGCCUCGCCCCGGAGGCCUCUGGGUGGCCAUCAUUCCUAUUCUCCAGGAUCCCGACUCUCAGAUCUCCCAGACCCUGGGCCCUGACUGCCACCCAGGGAGUGCCUUACCCCCAGGCCCCUCCCCGGCACAGCUAGGCCCCUCGGAUUUAGCUGUAUCCUGUCAUCAUCACGAACGGCAGGAGGCAGGGGUCUUCCUGGUGCUGAGGGUCAGAUCUCCUCGUGACGAUAGUCAUGAUGUUCCCCUGCCUCUCCCUUAGACCAAGGCAAUGUUCAUUUAGUGGAAAAACCACCACUGUCAGGAGUAAAUCCCCUCACUCACCUAUCCCCACAGCCUGGCUCCUGACCAGCUCCUUCCUCCCCUGGCGUGUGCUAGGUUAGUGCAUCUCAGAGACCUCGAGGCUCCGUGUGGGCCUGGGUGUGCCCGGCCUUCCCUUCAGUCUGGCCAGCUCCUGAGCGAGGGCCUCCACACAGGCCCUCCCAGCCUGGGCUUUUGUAGGGAUAAGGAUGGGCUGAUGUCACCUGAGCGUCUACACUGUGCAGGGGCUGAGCUAAUCUGAUCUCAUUUUUUCUUCAGUGCAACACAAUGAGGCAACACCUUGUGUUAUCCCAUUUAUAAAUGGGAAAACCGAGGCACAGAUCAUCUAGGGAACUUUCACAAGGUCCCACGGCCUCGUGUGUCAGAGCCUAGACGUGAGUCCAGGAGCUUUGCCUCGGGAGCCCGUGCACCCCUCCCCAGCCCCAUCUUGUGCCAGAACAGACCCGAGCAAUGAUGAAGCAGAGUGAGGUGAGGCUGUGCCCUCUGUUCUGAAGGCCUGAGGUUGCUCGUGGUGAGUCCUGGGCAGUGAUCUGCAAAGGACUGUUUCUCGUGCCUCUUUUUUCUCAGAAGACACUUCAGGGUGAGCUGGGUAUCCUGGCCCAUGGGACUGGGCUGGAGUUUGGAAUUAAGAAGCAACCAUAUAAUCCCAGCCCCUGACCUCUCAGGGACAUGCAGGGCUUGGAUUUAUAGACCUCUGUGGUCAGUGGUCCAAAUGCAGUCCAGUCCCGUCUGGGCUUCCUGGAGCUGGAGAAGCAGCUUGUUCUAGCACCAGAAGCCAGUCCCUUAAACAAGGGACUGGAGUCUUCAAGUCUUUCUCUCUCUUUGUCCACCUUUGUGCCCCCUGCAGUCUGAGUGCUGUUGGAGUAAGCGAAUGAGCCCUCAGACCCCCCUUCCAGAGGUGCCAGUCCUAGGGCCCAAAUAACUAAGGUUAAAUAGUGACCCAAGUGGCAGGGCUUAACUCCUAGUGGUGGACAAGGUGUCGUGAGGAGAUUUCUGCAUUUGCCAGGUGGCUUCUGGGGGGCAGGUCUGUGUCUGAGGGGCCUGAGUGGCCUCCUUUUCCAUCCAUGGCCCGCACACCUGCCCCAGCUGUCCUCAGCUGGGCCUCUGACAGCCGCAUCUGUCCCCUCUCCCCGGUUCCCUGGACCACAGGCUCGAGUGGGGGCUCCAUGGGCCCCAGGAGAACAGUGGGCACUGGGCUUCUUUCUGGGUACACAGUGCUGGUUCUGGUGGGGACAGGCAGCCCCACCUGGGGAGCAGACAGCCUGUGUCUGGGCUCGAGGCUUUCUCUUUCCAUUAGGGGAAAGGCAGCUCUUCAGGGCAGAGAGAGAAGCCGAGUGACCAUAACUCAGUGCUCAUGGGAAGCUCUGGUCUCUGUGGGGGGCUCCUGGUUACCCAGCAGUCUUAGUUCCUCUCAGGAGAGGGAGGCACAGGUCUGCAGGGGCCUGAGUUCCUCUUACUCAGGCCGUAUUUGAAGUGAAAAUUCAGAAUUUUAUACUUUCCCCACCCCCUAAAUAAACAAGAUGUUUUUUUUGUCAACAUUGUUAAUAUGAAACUAGAGCCUUGAUUUGUUAACAUUUCUGGCUACGACAGUGAA